AACUUUUUUCCAAGUAUAACACCUCUUCAUCUUCGCCGUCUUCUCUCUCUGUAACCCUUAAAUCUUAGCAAAAUUGUGUUGUUUUUUGUUGGUGUAUGAACUUUCAACUGUUAUAGUGAAGCAUUUCUUGUUAAAUCGUUACUAAUUUUACAGAAUUUGAUCCAAAAUUGUUAUCUGGGAUUGAUGGAAUCAAAAGGGUCGACGAAAUUGAUGGCGCCGGGGUUCAGAUUUCAUCCGACGGAUGAAGAGUUAGUUAGGUACUAUCUACGGAGAAAGAUUAUUGGUAAACCCUUGAGAUUUGAUGCUAUUUCAGAGAUCGAUAUUUACAAAGUUGAACCAUGGGAUCUUCCGGGUAUGUCGAGGUUGAAAACAAGAGAUUUGGAAUGGUACUUUUUCAGCGUGCUUGACAGGAAGCAUGGUAAUGGAGCAAAAACCAAUCGGGCAACAGAACGAGGCUACUGGAAGACAACUGGAAAGGACAGGGCUGUCCAUCAUAAGUCUAAGGUUGUCGGUAUGAAGAAGACUCUAGUUUUUCAUAGUGGUCGGGCUCCAAAAGGUCAGAGGACUAAUUGGGUCAUGCAUGAGUACAAACUAAUUGAUGAGGAGUUGGAUAAAGCUGGAAUUGUUCAGGAUACACUUGUGCUAUGUAGAGUCUUCCAGAAGAGUGGUGCAGGGCCAAAGAAUGGGGAAAAGUAUGGGGCACCUUUUGUUGAGGAGGAAUGGGAGGAUGAUGAGUUAGAAAUUGUUCCCAAGGAGGAGGAGGCUGAGGAAGUUGAAUUUGGAGAUGAUAUCUAUCUAGAUGGACAUGAUCUUGAGCAGAUUCUCGGGACCGACACACCUGUGGAUGGUGUUCCACCUCCUUUGAACCUCUAUAGUGAGGAAAAUGCUAGCAAUAGUGGGGAAACAAGUAACUCCUUUGAUGAAGCACAAAACUGGCUUCAGCAACCGGACGAGCAGGAAUCAUUUGAUCCUGCAAUUCAACAGAAUGCAGAUGCAAAUCCCGUCAAGCAUGAAUUCAUGAGUGAACCAAGCAAUAGUGUGAACAUUGAAGAUGUGGAUUACUUGCUUGAUGAACCAAUUGUAACUGCAACUGAUAACCUUCAAUUCAAUGAUGGAGCAUUCCUUGAAGCUAGUGAUCUUUCAAGACCCAUUGAGGUUGAUACGUCAGGUUUUGACAUGCUUGAGGAGUACCUUACAUUCUUUGAUGCAGAUGAUGACUUCCAAAGUAUGGGUUUCAAUCCACCAAUGACGAUUGGAGGUGAUGAUCAUGUCUCCGACUUGGCAUCUCUGGAGGAGAAGAAUAUUGGUGAGGUAACUGAUCAACCAAUUGCACCAAGUGAAGAGCCCGAGGACCAAAAGAAGAAUGUUGCAUCAUCAUCGAAACUGGAACCAUCUAAAUUUGGAUCAGAUUAUAAGUAUCCAUUUAUGAAGCAGGCAAGCUGCAUGUUGGGCGGUAUUCCUGCUCCUCCUGCAUAUGCUUCAGAGUUCCCUUCAAAAAACUCAGCUCUCCGUAUGAAUUCUUCCUCAGAAGCAUCCAGUUCAAUCCACGUCACUGGUUUGAUUCAAAUAACGAACAUGACUGUGAGUGGCAAUGGGAUGGACGGGUUGAUGGGAAAGCAUGGGAAUUACAGCGUUAUCCUAUCUUUAGGCUUAUCACAGCGUGGUGAUAUCUCCGCUCGCUUGGAAUCAGCAGUUAGUAUUCUUCCUGGGAAGACAAUUUCGACAGUGUCCUGGUGCUGGUUCUAUUAUCUGUUCCUUUGGGUCCUCAUUCUUUCCACAACCUUCAAAAUUGGGACCUUAAUUCGUGCCACAUAAGGCCUCAAGAAUCUAGAGAGCUCAAUCGAAAACGGGCUCAAAACUAGUUUUUACUUUUGAAAGUCAUGGCAGGUUAUCUUGAUCUUUGACUGAAGUGAACAUUAUUAUAUAUGAUACAACCUAUACCAGGAAUUUUUCAGUGCUUUAGACAUCAAAGUGAGUUGAUGCAGAUUCUGACUCCUGAACAAAUUUUAAAAUUCAAUGGUGUAUUGCAGCUUGGAAGCUGCAAAACUCAUUUUACACAGCAAUCAAGUACUGUGUUGACUUUACAUAGUGCCAUUGUCUUUUUGGCUGAUC